AUGUCUGCCGAUCAUAAGAUGGAACAUCCAAUUCAUCCAAUUCCUUCACGUUUAUUGAAUGAAAAAAUAUGUCCUAAACCUCAUAUCGACUCAAUCCAAAAAUACAAAGAACUUUAUGAAGAGAGUAUUGAUAAUCCUGAUGAAUUUUGGGCAAGGCUUGCCAAAGAAUUCCUUCACUGGCAUAAACCUUUCGAAACUGUCCGUUCCGGUGAUUUUGAACAUGGAAAUAUUGCAUGGUUUCAAGAAGCUGAUGAACCUGAUCAAGGUCGUAAAGUUACUUAUGGUGAAUUAUUACGUGAUGUCUGCCGUCUUGCCAACGUCUUAAAAUCUUACGGCGUGAAAAAAGGUGAUACCGUGGCUAUUUAUAUGCCAAUGGUACCAGAAGCGGUCAUUUCGUUUUUGGCUUGUGCUCGAAUAGGUGCCAUUCAUUCGGUGGUAUUUGCCGGAUUUUCUUCCGAGGCAUUAAAAGAUCGUAUCUUGGAUGCUUCAAGUAAAUUCGUCAUUACCGCGGAUGAAGGUCGUCGUGGUGGAAAAACCAUUAAUAUUAAAAAGAUUGUUGAUGCUGCUGUAAAAAAUUGUCCUAUCGUUGAACACGUUUUGGUAUUUCGUCGUACGGGAUCCGAUGUUCCCUUUAAUUCAACUCGAGAUCUUUGGUGGCAUGAUGAAAUUAAAAAGCAACGUCCUCAUUGUCCGAUCCAAAUUGUUAAUGCCGAGGAUCCACUCUUUAUACUUUAUACUUCAGGUUCAACUGGUAAACCGAAAGGUUUACUUCAUACUACAGGAGGUUAUUUAUUAGGUUCGGCAGUUAGUUUUAAAUAUGUAUUCGAUUAUCAUGAAGGAGAUAUUCAUGGUUGUAUGGCAGAUAUUGGAUGGGUUACUGGUCACACUUAUAUUAUUUAUGGUCCAUUGGCGAAUGGUGCAACUAGUGUAUUAUUUGAAUCUACUCCUUUAUAUCCUUCCCCAUCAAGAUAUUGGGAAACAGUAAAAAAACAUAAGGUUACUCAAUUUUAUACCGCACCUACCGCCAUUCGAUUAUUACGUAAACAUGGUAAAGAGCAUGUGGAAGGUCAUGAUCUUUCAAGUUUAAGAUUAAUUGGUACAGUGGGUGAACCGAUUCAACCUGAAGCAUGGGAUUGGUAUAAUGAUGUGAUAGGAAGGAAAGAAUGUCCAAUAGUUGAUACUUAUUGGCAAACUGAAACUGGAUCAACCAUUAUUACCCCAUUACCUGGAGCUUUUCCUACAAAACCUGGUUCAGCCGUAUAUCCAUUCUUUGGUAUUGAGCCCGUUAUAUUGGAUCCUAUUACUGGAGAAGAAAUUAAAGAUGUUGAAGCAGAAGGUGUAUUAACUAUUCGUAAGCCUUGGCCUUCAAUUGCUCGUACAAUAUAUAAUGAUCACGAAAGAUAUCUCGACACAUAUUUUCGUCAUUAUCAUGGUUAUUAUUUUACAGGGGAUGGAGUAGGUAGAGAUAAAGAUGGUUAUUAUUGGAUUCGAGGUCGAGUGGAUGAUGUAAUAAAUGUAUCCGGACAUCGUUUAUCAACUGCUGAAAUUGAAUCAGCUUUACUUAUUCAUCCAUCGGUAGCUGAAGCUGCAGUGGUUGGAGUUCAUGAUGAUUUAACUGGUCAAUGUGUACAUGCUUUUACCACUUUAAAAACUGAUCAAGAAGGUACCACCGAUGUAAACGAGUUAAAAUUACAGGUUCGUAAUGUGAUUGGGUCUUUCGCUACUCCUAGAAGAGUUUACAUUGUUAAAGAUUUACCCAAAACUCGAAGUGGUAAAAUUAUGAGAAGAAUUUUAAGAAAAAUUGUAGCGGGUGAAACUGAUCAACUCGGUGAUUUAACCACUAUAUCGGAUCCUAGUUUGAUUUCAAUAUUAAUUGACGAUGUUAAAAAUUCUAAUUCAAAAUGA